UAUUUAUUUUUAGUAUACGUAUUCAGUGUCAUAGGUACAUCUUUGACGUUUAUAACAAACCAAUCCGUUUGAAAAUCGGUAAAAAAUUAAGCAAGUUAUGGUCAUUUAAAAGUACCUGCAUCAUUAAAACUCAAUGCUACGAGUGAGCGAGCGCCCUGUCCUAAGAUGGCCGCCAAAAUGCGGACGUUCCACUCAAUUGGCCAUCAGCGCGGACGAGCCAUCUAGCCUUUAUAUACAUAUCUAUGGUUCAGCCCACAAGUGGAUUCUUAGCCACAGUUUAAAAACCCCGGUGUAAGAGGAUGUUGAGUUGUAAUUAAAUAAAGUCACAUCUAAGUCUUGUGGUUUGUCAUUAUAUUCACAGUGUAACUCGGUUCUUUCAGCAGUUACUACGUUACAGUGCUCUUAAAGUCUCAUGAUCAGCUCUGGGUUUUGUGAAGUUAUAUAAUGAGAAUGUGAUCAAUAGCUUUGCAGUAUUUUUGUAACACUGUGGCUGUAAUUGUAUGACCAAUUAUCACAUAGGUUAAACAUUUGAUUCAAAUUUAAUUUAGUAAACAAACUAGUUAGUAUAAUUCAUGCUGUGACUCUGGAUUACACCUGGUCAAAUAAAUAUGUCUAUUGUGUAUUCACUUUUUGUAUAAGGUUUCUUCAUCUACUGUAUAUAAACGUCACCUUUGGUUUUCUUAUUACAGUUUUUUUUUUUCACUAAAUGUUGUGAAAAUGCAAGGUGUGUUACACAAUUUCAACGGAUGGUGUGGGGUCAAAAAAUAUCAGACACAAAGACUCAACUUUAGAUACUGACAGACACACUUAAUGUGAGUCACACCCAGUAAUGAUGAUAAUAAGCAGGAAUUGCAGCCAGCAUUAAAGCAGGGUCACCUAAAAUAUUUAGCCUGUUGGCAAUUGUUUUAUUUAUUUAAAUGUAUAAAUGCAGUUUUUUUUUUAUUACAGAUUGAUGAAACAGUCAGAGGUGCAGUGGCUGCUGGUUAUAAAUGGGAAUGCUUCCCAAUGGGAAAUUACAUAAUUUCCUAUAAUGUUUGUGCACAGCAUCAGUGAGUUUGCUUUAAUAUUAUGAUGUAACGCUUAAUCAAGCGUUUAUUAAAGUGAUGUCAUAGGCGAUGAUGUUUGGCGUCGGGUAUUGUGACAUCAUAAUGCUCGCGUUCCAUUAGACGUGUAUAUAAAGGGCGCGCGCAGAACUGCAGUCACUCACUCAUUUUCUGGUUAUCUGAGCGGAAGCAAAGAAAAUCAUCGAAAGAGACGAGACGAUUACAAAGCGAUCAAAAGCAUUGAGAGUGUGAAAGUUACGAAUUACACAAGUCUACAACCACUUCUACUGAAGAGUAUUGGUGUUUGUUCACAAGUGUUUUUUUGACUGCUUGUCCACUCAACUUUAUCAUGGCCUCAUCCAGGUUGUCCCUCCGUAACACCGAGGGCGGAACCGAUGAGAAGAGAGGCGACCAUGAAUUUGGCGAUUGUAGCGAUCGUUUCCCGGGUCUGACCAUCCAUCAGUCACGGGAUUCAUUGCUCUUCGCUGGUGGAAAGUUUGUCAAGGCGUCUCUUAUACAAACUCUGGACGAAAGUCCAAAAGGAUGUUUGACCCUCAGUAACACCGAGGGUCGCAUCAAUAUGAGCAGAGGUGUCAGCGGACCAAAAGUCGGUGGUUGUAGUGAUCGAUUCCCUGAUCUGACCAUCCACCAGUCACGGGAUUCAUCGCUCUUCCCCGAUGGAAAGUCUAAGACACCUUUUAUUUACACCUUGGACGACAGUCCAAAAGCAUGUUUGACCCUCAACAACACCAAGGGUGGAGUUGUUGAUGGAUUGAAGGUCGGCGUUUGUAGCGAUGGUUUCCCUGAUCUGAACACCUGUCAGUCACGGGAUUCAUCGCUCUUCGCUGAAGGAAAGAUUGUGAGAGAACGUUUUAUAGACACUGUGGACGACAGCCCAAAAGUAGGCAGUGAGGGGAAGGGGGCAAGGAUCCGUGGGCUCUUCAAAAGAGCUUGCAAGGCUGUAGCGCGCCCCUUCCUUAGCUGCCGGAGGAACAAAGUAAAACCUAUUGUUCCUCCACUGAAGCCGGACAAAUCUUCUUCAGGGCUGUCUGUCCAGUAUGCAUCCAGCCCCAAGGACAGUUUGGACUCAGGUUCUUACUGGGUCGGGGAUACAUCAGAUGCAUGUCCGGCUCAAGUGAAAAGUUCAGCCAAAAUGACAGUGCCGAUCACAGGAAAGGCGUUGAAGAACUGA